GGCUUUUGCGGCGACGCUGUCUAGCUGCUAGACGUGCACUGUACGCAUCGCUGCGCGCAUCGCAAGACACCUACCGCACCGUACACCACUGCGCAAGCGCUAGUCAACGCAGCAACCGUGCACAAGCACAAAAUCGACCACUGUGCCAGCAUCACUUGCACGCAAGCAAAUUCGACCACUGCACAACACAAACAAAUGCCACCCAAAGCCCAAGACAGCGUCGACCAGCCGCUACAGGCCGUCGUAUUAGCGCACGACCUUGAACAAGCCUUCCGGCCGCUCCAAAUGUCGAGCGUUGAGCUCUGUGGUAGAAAAAUAUUGGACCACGCACUCGAAGGCCUCGCGCGCGCGGGCUGCGGCGAGAUUUUAAUAGCGGGCCGCCCGGAGGAUUGUUUUGAGCCGCCCUCAAACUUAUUGGGGAGGGACGGCCGCGCCGUGAAGAUCCAACACGUUGCGCUGGCCGGGUGCACGUCCGAGGGCGACUACCUUAGGGAGCUCGACCGGUGCGGUUCUGUGAAAUCGGACCCCUUCAUACUGUUGAGGGGCGAUUGCGUGGUAGCCCUCGACAACUUGUUGCCCAUUGUGGAAGCCCACAAAAGGCGCAAAAAAACAAAAGACGCGGACGCGACUUUAACUGUUUUGUUGGCGGACGGCGGCAUGCGCGCGGCGACGUUGCGGCCUUUGACGUAUGACCCGCUCGAACUACGAAUCGACGGCGAGACGUCACGAAUUUUGGGAUGGUACGGCGGCGGCAAUGCUCGAGACCGCACGGCCUUCGAGAACGGGUUUCUGGGCGACGAGUCCUACGCGCACGAGUGUACUGAUAUAAAAGCGCCUCAGAAUUUGGUGGACUGCGGCGUCGACGUCUGUUCAUUGGAGGUCCUGUUCCGCUACUCGGAGAACUUUGAUUAUCAAUCUAUUAGAGGAGACUUCCUACCUACGGAAACGGGCAACGCCGAGCUCGGUCAAAGAGCGUACGCCCACGUACUCAAGGAGACCGAAGGUCGGGCGGGCCGCGUCUACGACCCCCGCAUUUUAGAUACGUACGUGCGGGAUUUACUAAGGGGCUGGUUCGCGCCUGUCCUUGUGGCUGAGCGGCCUUUGUCUACAGUCGACCGCUCCGCACAAAUUGUGGAGCCGUCGUACGUCGGUCGGGGCGCAACUCUCGAGGCGUCUGUGGUCGUGGACCAAUCUUCAAUAGCUGCGGGCUGUAUUUUACGAGAGCGCGCGCGCGUCCGCGGGUCUCAUUUAGGCCCACGUUGUAUCAUCGAAGCGGGCGCGUCCGUCGACUGCGCGGUGCUGGGCGCCGGCGUCACCGUCAAGGCCGGUAUCAGCGUCCCGCGGGGCUGCGUCGUUGGCGAGGGCUUUGUCAUCAAUGAGGCGCCUCCCGAAUUCUCGCGGCUACCGGUGCAAGAAGACUCGGAUUCUGAUGAGGACGACGACAUGGCACUCGGCGCGUUGGGCAACGUCGAGGCCCUGCAAACGAGAGCGAGGGCGACGUCCUGGCCGCCGAAUUCUGAUGAUGAAGGAAAUGAAUCGGACGAGGACUGGGACAUCGACGAGGCGCAGGCGCGGGCUCAAAAGGCGUCGGACACGUUAUUCACGUCCACCGUGCGCGAGAUGAUCUUGGCGGGGGACCGCAACGGCUCCGCCGUCGAGUCGCUGAUCAUGGAGGUGAACUGCUACAAACUGAGUGAGAACCGGUCGUUCCGCGACGCCGCGCCGGCAGCUUUGGAAGCCGUCGUCGAGCUCGCUUUUGCUGGAAGGGAGGGCAAGGGCGCCUGCGCCCAGGGUCUGGUCAAGGCCAUCGCGCGCUGGAAGCCUUUAUUAGCCAAAUUACUUAGUAGUGGCGCGGCCGCCGACGAGCGUUUUGCGGUGGACGCGCUCGAGGAACUCUCAAAGACGCGGCCGCCGCUGAACGAACCCGACGUCUUCGCGCUCGCUCUGCAAAAGCUCUACGAGCACGACGUGUUGUCCGACGAGGGCAUCCUCGCGUGGGGCGCCGCGUCGGCGUCGCCUUUGAGAAAUUCGCCGCAGGUCGGCCAGCUCCUCGCCUUCCUCGAGGACGAUGACGAGGACUCCGAGGAGGAGUCGGACUGAGUAAGGGCGCUAUUAGUUUA